AUGCCGACGGCGUUGCCGCUCGGCGUGGCCGGCGAGGAGCUGGACCUCUCGAUCGAGGCGAUGGGCAGGCGGCUCGGCGUGCCGGCGCCGGUGGUCGACGCUUGCAGAGCCGAGCUCCGCGUGACUGCGCUGCACCGGUGGCAGGCCGAGUGCCUCUUGCUGCGCGGCGUGCUGGAGGGGCGCUCGCUCGUCUACUCGAGCCCCACCUCGGGCGGGAAGUCGCUCGUGGCGUGGCUGCUGGUUGCGAGGAUGCUGGCGACGCGCAAGAAGAAGGCGCUGAUCGUGCUGCCGUUCGUCUCGCUCGUCGAGGAGGUCGGCGCGACGCUGAGCGGUCUGCUCGCCAAGCUCAAGGUGUGCCGCACCGCCAAGAAGAAGCGGAAGAAGGGCAUGGCCGCCUUGCCGCGGCCGGUGCGCGUCGAGGUGUGCCACGGUGCGCGCCACUCCGCCAACUUCGACAAUUGCGACGUCGCCGUCUGCACCAUCGAGAAGGCGCACCUGAUCGUCAACAAGCUCGUCUUCGACAAGCAGCUGCACGAGCUCGGGGCGGUGGUGGUGGACGAGGUGCACCUGCUGGGCGACCCCAGCCGCGGCCACCUCCUCGAGCUCCUCCUCGCCAAGCUGCUCUUCGCACAGGCGCCGCCGGCCGGCCAGGGCGUCGCGGGAGCGGACGCAGGCGGCGCGGGCGGAAGCUCGGCCGGUGCCCGCGACGCGCCGCGAGGCACGCAGGUGGUGGCCAUGUCGGCAACCCUCCCCAACGCGGCGCAGAUCGCCGGCUGGCUGCACGCGGCGGUCAAGGAGGCCGACUUCCGGCCGGUCGCCCUCAAGCAGUACACUUUCAGCCUACGGGGCGGCCAGCUCGAGGCCGUUCCUGCGCCGGCCAGCGCCGGCGCACCGCACGGGCCAUCGCGAGGGCGCGCGAUGGUGGGGCGACGCCUCCUCGGACCGCUCACGCCCAACGACGCCGGCUGCCUCGGCGCGCUCUGCGCCGAGGUUGCGCACAGUCUCAACGGGCCGCAGGACGUGUUGGUCUUUUGCCCGACCAAGAAGGGCGCCGAGGGCGCGGCGGCGAGGGUGGCGGCCGCCUUUGGCGAGAAGGGCCUGCGCGCCCCGCCCGAGGUGCAGCAGCAGCGCGUGGCGCUCCUCUCGGAGCUGGAGCGAGCCAUGUGGCCGCUGGACCUGCGGCAGCUGGGCGAUGAGCCACCGCCGAGCCUGCAGGCGCUGCGCAAGACGCUGCCGCACGGUGUCGCCUUCCACCACGCCGGCCUCGACAACGAGGCGCGGGAGCUGGUUGAGAUGGGCUUCCGCCGGCCGGGCACCGUCUGCGUCCUCUGCAGCACGUCGACGCUCUCCGCCGGGGUCAACUUGCCGUGCUCCCGCGUGGUGAUCACCUCGUGCCAAGACUACGGCGACAAAGGCUGGCAGUUCCUCAGGUCGACGAGGUACCGCCAGAUGUCGGGACGUGCUGGCCGGACCGGGCUCUGUAGCCAGGGCGAGUCGAUCUUGUGCGUGGAAAACGACACGGAGAAACGCAAGGCGGAGGAGAUGAUGCGCGCGCUGCCCGAGCCCCUCUGCUCUCACCUCGGCGAGGCCGCCCCGCACGCGCUGUGCCGCUUCGUCCUCGACGCGGUGGCUUGCGGUCAAGCGUCCGACAGCAGCCGGCUGCGGCAGGCUCUGUGCUGCACGCUCGCGCACCAUCAGCUGCGCGUGAGCGAGCACCCCGAUGCGAGGAGGGCGCUGGACGACGCCAUCGGCGCCCAGCUGGCGUGGCUCACCGCGCGGAGGCUGCUCUCGCACAAUGCGCAGACGCUCACCUGGAAGCAGACCACGCUCGGCCAGGCCGUCUUCCUCUCCGGCCUCCACCCGGCCGAGGCGGUGGAGAUGCACGACGCGCUGCAGGCGGCGCUCAGCCACUUUCAGAUGGGCGACGACCUGCACCUCAUCUACCUGAUGGUGCCGUCGGCCGAGAAGGUCAAGGAGCUCUUCCGUGACACCGGCGAUGCCGGCGACGCCCGCGACAGCACCUACCGCUGGGGCCAGCUCGGCAAGCAGCUCGACGAGCUCACUCCCGCGCAGCGCAAGGUGGCCGAGGUGUGCGGCGUCGACUACGAGUACGUGCGGAUGGUGCAAGGGUGGCGCGGGUCCGUGGUCAGCCCCGACGCGGCGCGCAAGGUGGACGCGUGCUCCAAGUUUUGGGCGGCGCUCAUGCUGCGGCGCCUCAAUCGCGGCGACACCUUCUCCCGGGUCUCGUCCCGGUUCGGCGCGUCGGCCGGCGAGCUCGAGAAGCUGCAGAAGGACGCGGCUGCACACGCGAGCCGCUUCCGGACCUUCUGCUUUGAGGCGGGCUACAGCAACGUGGCCAACCUGGCGGCCUACUUCUUACAGCGCGUCGAGGGCGCGGAGGACGGGCCGAGCGCCCUCGCCAUCCAGGGCAUCGCGCAGGUUGGCCCCAAGCGUGCCAGGGCCCUCAUCCGGGCUGGCUUCAGCUCGGUCGAGCGGAUCGCCCAGGCGCCGCACGACGCGCUGCUGGGUGCGCUGCAGAAGGGCGAGAGCGGCGCGGACGCCGCGGUGCUCGCCGCAGCCGUCGGGAGGAUUCGGAGGGGCGCGGCCCGUCUCGCGGCCGCAGACGGGCCGGCGCAGCCGGGCCGGCGCUCGUCUCUGGGCGCGCCGGGCCGGCGAGGUUCCUUGCCCUUCGAGAUUGUGCCGGUUGGCAGCCGCUUCGGCGCGUGGGACGCCUUCUUCGAGGAGUGGCUCCGGGCGCCCGUCUUCUCCUGGGCCGCCCUCACCGCGGACGCCGGCGGCAGUGCGAUGCUCCAGGGAAUCGCCGUCUGCCUCUGCCCCGACAAGGUCUUUUGGGUGCCCCUUUACGAGCCUCCGCCCGGGCCUGCUCCCGAGGGGGCGGAGCCGCUCGAGGCGGCGGAGCCGCUCGAGGCGGCGGAGCCGCUCGAGGCGGCGCCCCGCCUCUCUCCGCAGGAGAGGCGACCAGAGAGGCGGCUUCGCUCGCGCUUCGUCGAGGGUGUGCGGAGGGCUUUUGCAAGCAGCAGGAGGAAGGUCGGCCAUGACGUGGCGCCGCUCCUGCCGCUGCUCUCCUCGCUUGGCGUGCGUCUCGAGCCGCCCGUCAUCGACACGAGCCUCGCUUGCGCGCUGCUCUCCCCUGGACAGAGCGGCCCCCGCGAGCUUGCCGCGGAGCUCUCCUGCUGGCCCGACACGCCCUCGGCGCUGGUGAGCGUCGCCGCGUCGUGUGCGGGCCACGAAGAGGCGUGUCUGCGCGCGGCGCAGGCCCUUUGCUUGGUGGAGCGCGUGUCGCGGCCGCUGUGGGACGAGCGGCUCGAGGAGCCGUUCAGGCUUCUCUGCAGCCUGUCGAGCUCCCCGGUGCUGCAGAGGCUCGGGCAGGGCGUGCUGCGGCUGAGCGCUCGGGCAGUGGAGGCCUUCGAGGCAGCCGCUCGGGACCGGAUGGCUCUGCUCGAGCGGCUGGCCGCGCCGCUGCUCGACGAGCUCAACCCCGGGCUCGAGCUUGCGACGCUGGCUCAGACGGGUCGGGCGGACGACGCAAGCGCGGCGUCGCUGGCGCCCUCUCUCGCAUCCCUGACGCCCGGCGCGGUCCAGCGGCUGCACGCCGUGUGGGCGGGCGUCGACAGCGGCGAUGCGAUGGCCUUCGGUCCGAGCGAGGAUGCGCAGGUCGACGCGCUGCUGCGACGAAGCGCUUGGCGCCACCGGCUAGCGUUGCUUCUGCUCGAGCUGCGCUGGCUCAAGGCCCAGGUGCAGGCCGUUGACUCGCUUCGCCGGACGGAGCAGCCGCGGGGCGGAGGUGAGCUCCGGCUGCAGCUGCGGCCCGACCCCUUGCGCGGCGGGCUGUGGCCUGCGCGGGACGAGAUGGCUGCUUUCGUGGACCUCGCCUGCCAGCCGAGCCCGGCUUGGGUCGGUGCUGCGGCCGCCGAGGAGGGCGGGUGUGCCCCCGACCCGCGGGCUGGCGAGGAGCUGCCGGCGGGCGCGUUGUUGCCGGAAGGACCGGCAGCGCGCACACCGUGGCACCUCGCCGGCUGCCUCGAGUCGCCGUCGACGGGGUGCGAGACGCUCGUCGUGCGGGUGCCUGAGCUAGCCCUCCUGAUGCUGGCACACCACGCCGCAGACGAGCACUUGCUCGCGGCGGCGGCGGAGGCGGCCGCUUCUCCGGGCGGAUCUCAAGCUUGCGAGUUUGUCGCCCGCACGGCAGCUCGCAUGCUCCGGCGACCGGCGGACGAGGUGGAGCCCGCGGCCGUCGAGCGCAUGCGCCAGCUGUGGUCGGGUCUUCUCGGCGGGUGGGUGGAGCCUCGCGCCGAACCCCCUGCCGGCCCGGCCGAGGCGCAGGCCGAGCCGCCGGCUGUCAGACUCCUCUCCGCCUUUCCGGGGGUGGCCGCCGCUCUCCUCCAGCACGGCAGAGCCGAUGUUCUCCGAUCCGCCUCUGGCCGCAAACUGCCCACCGAGAGCCUCCGCUCCGCACGCGUGCAUGAACGGGCGAGUGCUGCGGCCGCGGCGCUCGGCCGAGUCUGUGAAGCCUCUGCGCGCGACGUGCUCACCGCCGUCCUGCACCGCAUUGCGCCGCGCCUGGCCGCCGUCACCGCAGCCGGCACCGUCUCCUCCACGGCCGAUGGGGGCGAGCCAGUGAGCUGCGCGCGGCUGCUCCUGCAGGCGCCCUCCGAGCUGCGCUUCUCCGUGCCGGCGGGAGCCGCAAACACCUCGGGGGCCGGUCUGCUGCCAGAGGUGCAAGCGACUUUGGACAGAGUGGCAGGGGAGUGGGGCCUGAAGGUCGCGCUCCGGGGCGAGGUGUACGUUGGGUCUUGA